AUGACGUCUCCAAAUGCCUCAAAUACUCUAACUAUGCCGACUCAGCCACCACUCUCACGAUGGUCUUAUUUAGACAAUAUCCGUCGAAUCCCUGGACCUUUUACUGAUGAGGAAUUCGAUGGCAGCGAGGCAGCAGCCGCAUUUAUGGACGGCAUGAAAAUUUUGGUGAUAGGAGCAGGAGGUCUUGGUUGCGAAAUCUUGAAGAACCUGGCGCUAUCAGGGUUUAAGACGAUACAUGUGAUUGAUAUGGAUACAAUCGAUGUCUCAAAUCUCAAUCGACAAUUUCUUUUCCGCCAUAGCGAUGUUGGCAAAUCGAAAGCCGAAGUUGCAGCCAAAUUUGUGGAGAAACGAGUAAAGGGGGUCACAAUCGUACCGCACAACUGCAAGAUCCAAGACAAGGAUGAGGACUUCUAUAUGCAAUUCAGUAUUGUUGUAUGUGGGUUAGAUAGUAUCGAAGCUCGACGGUGGAUCAAUUCUACGUUAGUUGGAAUGGUGGAUAUGGACAAUCCAGAGAGUUUGAAGCCAUUGAUAGAUGGAGGUACUGAAGGAUUCAAGGGACAGUCUCGUGUCAUAUUACCAGGCUUGACAUCCUGUAUUGAAUGCCAACUCGAUAUGCAUGCGCCACGAGCCGCUGUUCCUCUCUGCACUUUAGCGACUAUCCCCCGCCAACCCGAGCAUUGCAUCGAAUGGGCGCAUAUUAUGGCAUGGGAACAAGAAAAUCCAUUCCCCAAGUUAGAUAAUGACGACCCAGAACAUAUCACUUGGCUUUACAAGAAGGCUUUGACAAGAGCGCAAGAAUUCAACAUUCCAGGUGUCACUUAUUCUUUGACCCAGGGAGUGGUGAAGAAUAUCAUUCCAGCAAUUGCUUCAACCAACGCGAUUAUUGCAGCCAGCUGCUGCAACGAAGCAUUCAAAAUCGCAAGUAACACCAAUCCUGCUCUGGGGAUGGAAGAAAACUAUAUGAUGUACAGUGGAAAUGACAGUAUUUACACGUACACCUUUAAACACGAAAAGAAAGACGAUUGUCCCGUGUGCGGCAACUUGGCGAGGGAUUUGAGCAUUGAUCCAAAUCUGACUCUUCAGGAGUUCAUCGAUUCUCUAGCUCACAGACCAGAGGCACAGCUCAAGAAACCCUCGAUUCGUUCGGCGGAUAACAAAUCUUUAUAUAUGCAGAGUCCGGAGAGCUUGCGUGUGAAGACUGAGCACAAUUUGUCGAGGAGGAUCGGAGAGAUGACUGGAGAUGGUGAUGAGAUUGCGGUGACGGAUCCAUCUUUAGGCUCGGUAAUGUUCAAAUACAGACUGAACUUUUCCAAGCCAUUUGAGGCUGCUGCCCUGAAAGAGAAUGGGUCGGCUUAG